AAUCAACAUCACGAGAUUUAAAUUUUGUGAUGUUGUAUUUUACAGAAACUAUUUAUUUUUUAAAUUAAAUGUAACAUAUAAAAUGAUUUAAAAAUUUGUUUGAUGGCAGACUUUUGCUGAUAUCUAUAGUCAUGAGUGAAUCCAGUGAUAAUAUAGCACUUAUAAAUUGUCUACCUGUGGAAACAUUCUUGGAAAUAUUAUUAAGAAUUGAUGGACCCACUCUCAUAAGGUGUCGGAGAGUCUGUAAAACAUGGAUGGAUGUUAUUGAUGGAUCGGACAAUAUAUGGCAUGAGUUAUGUAAAAAUGAAUUUAAAACAUCAUCAAACUUAGCAAAGAAGAAGUGUGGGGAUUUGAGUAAUUGGUAUCACAUUUAUAGGAACCUAAAAUUGUGGCCAGAUGUCACAACCUAUGAGAAAACCGUAAAAGAAUUCUACAAUUUUAAUUUACGUGAUAGAUCACAUGUUUUAGAUAUAAAUUAUGGUAUUUUACCUUUAAAAGACUCAGAAGGAACAGUGUUCUAUGAUAUGGCACACUUAAAAUAUAUUCCUGUGGCAUUACCAGAAAGAAAUUGUGUAAAAAUUUGUAAUAAUGAUACUGUUAGUGUAUUACUAGUCAAAAAAGGAAUUAUUUAUGUUCAACGAACUGUAAAUGAUCCGACAUUUGAAUGUGAAAAGACAUUUAUUGCAGAUAAUUUUAUUUUAAGUGAUGACCUGUUACAUUUUUAUAAAAAUAGAGAUGUGUUCAAAUGUAACCUCCUUAAGAAAGACCUGUCAUCAAGCUUAAUUUAUCACAGUAAUUAUGAAAUCAAGGAAUUACAGUUUAAUAAUGAUAUUAUAUACCUGUUUACAGACUGUGGCAAAAUUUUAUGUAUAGAUGAAAAUAGUGUUGUGGAGAAACCAAUAAAUUGCCCAAUUGAAUGGGUGAAACAUAUCAAAAAUAUAUGUGCUAUAGAUGAUAGAAAUUUCAUAUGCUACUCACGGAAUUUGUUCAAAAUUGAAACAAAUGACUACCAACAUUUAUACCUUGACUUCCCACCAAUCACAGCUUUGUUCUUUUAUAUUGACAUGGUUCUGAUUGGCCUGAGGAGUGGAGAAAUACUUUUGUACAAAUUGUCUAGUCAGAAGAAAGCUUCCAUGCCAAUAUUUGAGACACUAACUGUGCUUCCCGAUGAGAAGUUUCCCGUACAGUUGGAUGUAUGUGAAAGGAAAUCUGGGCCUGUAAUUGUUGCCUCUACAUUUUUUGAGCUGUUCCUUAUUGAAAUUAAUUUCUUUCCUGAUGAACAUAUGGUGAAGAAUACUUUUACUAGUAACAAAAUGAAUUUGUACAAGAGACUAAGGAAGUUGAAAGACAUCUUGCAGACUGGGGACUGAAGUUUUAAAGUUCUUAGAUAAUAAUCUGUAGCUUUCUUAAAUAAGGACACAUAGGAUCAAAACUACCCCAGGAUCUGACAACAAGGUGGAAUUGUUAAGUGUGUAUAGCAAUUAUUCCGUAAAUAUUACAGAUAUCAAAAAAGCUUGACAUUGGUAUCAAAACUAAGUUACCUAAUCAGUCAAAUGAUAUUUAACCUCCUCUUUGCUGGGCUUGAGACCACCGUUUAGUACUCUGUUAUAAAGUUAGUACACUAAGAUGAUGGAUUAACUAAAUUAAAAAGAUUAAUAAUUUAUUCAUCAUUUUAACCUAGUGUAAAAUGGUUGAUGUAUUGAUUGUGUUGAAGUAUACACCCAUGAUUAUGGUCAUUAUUAAUUUAAAUAAGGUCACAGCACUCCGCAUUCACUGUGUGAUAUUUAUAUAUAUAUAUAUAUAUAUAUAAAUAUCACACAGAAU